ACCAAGACUAAAGAGUCAUCGUAACGCCCAAUGUAACGGGAAGGGCUGCAAGGGAACCAAGGCCAGACCUUUAUGGCGGGAGGCUACGGCGUUCUCUAUUGAGGACAGACUGCGACACACGCGGCGAGGACUCCUGCUCCUGCGCCAGGACCCCUGCCACUCCCGAUCUGAUCUGUCCAGCUAGAGCGCCCCGUUCCACCAACAACGCAGGCCACAGAAUAAACCCUAGGCUCGGCUCGGCUUAUUUAGGCCCGGCUUCGGCUGUCCCGGGGCUUGAAGCCGGGUCGGAACACCACUAAACUGUUUGGACUCGUCGAAAAACUAUAGUCCCUUCUGGUGUUGUUUUGGUGUAGUCUCACUGUCGAACUGGAUUGGGUGAGGGACGUUGCCAAAAACACCAAACGAAAGUGAAAAAAAGCAAGCGCGUACCAGUUUCACCACAUCGCCGCUGUUAAGGCUGUGUCUUGUUCUGCUCGUUUCACUUUCUGGCUUCAUCAUGCUCUCGUUCCACCCGCCGCCGCAUCAUGCCCUCAUGUCAUUCGUCAUUUGCUUUCCGCAUUAUUCAUACUUGAUCAUUGUAUUGGGUUCUCACUUCGCUCGCUCGCUGCACUUGCUCGACGGCCUGCCCUCGUUUGUGUCCAUAAUCCUGUGUGCAAUGUCAUCUCCCAUCAAUUUCCUGCUAACCUCUGUCUCGUAGAGUCGCAGGUUGAGAAUUAAAAUCUCAAUGGCAUACUACCAUUUAGUCCCUGCGGUACUCUGCACUACUGUACGUGCAUGCCAUCAUGAUUCAUCACUGU